CAAUAGUCCUCCGGUGCGGACGGCGCCGGGCUCCGGGGGGUCCGGGGCGACCGACGUAAGAUGCCGGCUUUUUGAACUCCUCGGAAAAGCCCACAAUGACCACCCCGGCUCUGCUUCCCUUGUCUGGACGUCGGAUACCCCCCCUGAACCUGGGGCCGCCCUCCUUCUCCCAUCACAGGGCCACGUUGAGACUCUCGGAGAAGUUCAUCCUCCUCCUUAUUCUUAGUGCCUUCAUCACCCUCUGCUUUGGGGCAUUCUUCUUCCUUCCGGACUCCUCGAAACACAAACGCUUUGACCUGGGCUUGGAGGAUGUGUUGAUUCCCCACGUAGAUACCGGCAAGGGCGAGAAAGACCUCGGCGGCUUCCUGAUCCACGGGCAAGGACAUGACGAGCACAGACACAGGGAAGAAGAGGAACGUCUGAGAAAUAAAAUUCGUGCUGAUCAUGAGCGAGCUUUAGAAGAGGCAAAAGAGAAACUAAAGAAGUCUAGGGAGACAAUACAAGCUGAGAUUGAAACAGAGAAAAAUAAAAUAGCCCAGGAGAUAAAGAAGAAAGAAACUAAGCCACUGCCACCAGUCCCUUUACCUAAUCUCAUAGGAAUAAAUGGUGGAGAACCUGAAGAUGAAGACACCAGAGAAAAGAGAGAAAAAAUUAAGGAGAUGAUGAAACAUGCCUGGAGCAAUUAUAGGAAAUAUGGCUGGGGACACAAUGAACUCAAACCCAUUGCUAUGAAAGGACAUUCCACUAAUAUAUUUGGAAGUUCAAAAAUGGGUGCUACUAUAGUUGAUGCUUUGGAUACUCUUUAUAUCAUGGGACUUCAUGAAGAAUUCAAAGAAGGACAAGAGUGGAUUGACCACAAUCUUGAUUUUAGUGUGAAUUCAGAGGUGUCUGUAUUUGAGGUCAAUAUUCGUUUCAUUGGAGGACUUCUUGCAGCAUACUACCUUUCAGGACAAGAGGUAUUCAAGAACAAAGCAGUGCAGUUGGCAGGGAAACUCCUUCCUGCCUUUAACACACCUACUGGGAUUCCCUGGGCAAUGGUGAAUCUGAAAAGUGGAAUUGGGCGAAACUGGGGUUGGGCCUCUGCAGGUAGUAGCAUUCUGGCUGAAUUUGGUACCCUACAUAUGGAAUUUGUCCACCUCAGCUAUUUGACAGGGGAUCCAGUUUAUUAUCAAAAGGUCAUGCAUAUUCGGAAAUUGCUUCAGAAAAUGGAUCGGCCUGAUGGGCUUUAUCCAAAUUACUUGAACCCCAAAACAGGCCGAUGGGGUCAGCAUCAUACAUCAGUUGGUGGGCUAGGAGACAGUUUUUAUGAAUAUUUACUGAAAGCAUGGUUGAUGUCAGAUAAAACAGAUAUUGAGGCAAGGAAGAUGUACGAUGAUGCAAUUGAGGCCAUAGAAAAGCAUCUCAUUAGAACAUCCAAUGGAGGUUUAACAUUUAUUGGAGAAUGGAAGAAUGGACAUUUGGAAAGGAAGAUGGGUCAUUUGACCUGCUUUGCUGGAGGAAUGUUUGCUUUGGGAGCAGAUGGUUCCAGAAAGGAUAAAGCUGGCCAUUAUUUACAACUUGGAGCAGAAAUUGCACAUACAUGUCAUGAGUCAUAUGACAGAACGGUGUUAAAAUUAGGCCCCGAAGCUUUCAAAUUUGAUGGUGGUGCAGAGGCCGUAGCCGUACGACAGAAUGAAAAGUAUUACAUUCUCCGCCCAGAAGUAAUUGAAACUUACUGGUACAUGUGGAGAUUCACUCAUGACCCUAAAUACAGGCAGUGGGGCUGGGAGGCAACUGAGGCUAUUGAAAAGUAUUGUCGAGUCAGAGGUGGAUUUUCUGGGAUCAAGGAUGUAUAUUCUUCUGCUCCUGCAUAUGAUGAUGUACAGCAAAGCUUCUUCCUCGCUGAGACACUGAAGUAUUUGUAUCUGCUCUUCUCCAAUGAUGACCUUUUACCUUUAGACCACUGGGUGUUUAAUACAGAAGCCCAUCCUCUGCCUGUGUUACAUUUAGCCAACACCACACUUUCAGGAAAUCUUGAUUUACGGUAAAAGCAGCCCAAGAGGAGAGACUUUAACUCACCUGUGUUUUGUUUACAUGAACCAAUGCAGAAAUUAGGCUGGAGAGGGGGACUCUUGGAAACCUGGGCCUCUGGGUCAGGAUAUCAGAGUGAGAAGUGACUAUUCCACUCGAAGCUCUUCAACCUAUAGAUAAAUUAACUUUGAAAUUCCAUUUUAUACCUGACCAAAUUAUGCUCCACUAUUUGCAGGACAGAGACCUAAUGUGCUUUAAAUCCUAAUGGGAAGGUCAUAAAGGGGAAAUGCCUAUUGUUAUUGUACUGAUUUAGAAUCCUGGAAUAAGGAAGAUGGCCUCCUGAGAAUGAACUGAAACAUGGAGCAUUGUGCUGCAGUUACUGAUGGCCUUUGCAGCAAAUUAUCUAUUUGUUUCUUUCUGACAUGGAAUGGAUCCUAAAUAUCUUGUUUUUCCUCCUUCCCUCUCCUUUCUCCCCUUCCCUCCUCCACACUUUAUUUUGAUAUUGGAAGCUACCAUGAAACAAGAACAACAGAACUGCACCCGUAGUGAGAGCCACAGGAUUUUAAGCUGAAAGAGAAACACAGUCUCCGUGUCUUUCUGAAUUACCAAAUCCCCAUUUGGUGACCAGCCUGGCAGCCAUUUCAAGUACCCCAUCUGUUUCAUUAGUACCCCUUGAUUGAGUCGAUUUUUUUUCUGGGACAUGAGUUCACCAAGAAAAUACUUUUCCCAUCUUUGUCUUCAUCCGGAAUCAUCAAAUCUGCAGUAUUUUUCAUAUUCACUACUUUUGAGAAACUAGGUUUGGGAAUUUUAUGCAUGUAGCUCAGUCAAGUAUUGGUAGCAUGACCAAAACAAAAAUCCACAUUUUCUUGAAACCUGUUCUAAGAGAAAGCUUUGUUGUUUUGGGGGGAACAGGGGAAGAUUUUCCUCAAGCAGCAAUUCCAUCAGGUAAAUCUUAGCCUCUUUAGCCUCCAUGAUAAACUCAGUAGUUAUUCACCUUUAAACUUAACAUUGUGAAUGGUUUUGUUCUUUUAUAGCGCUGAGUUUAUCUUCAUUGCCUUGAUUGAACUAAAUUAUUAACUACAACUCAACCAACUUAUAAAAGAAUAAGACACCAAAACUUGCUUCCUAGCCCCUCUCUCAUUUAGCUGUAUGGACUGUCCCACCCAAAAUUCAGCUUUCUUUGUAGACAUUUAUGGGACACCAAAAAAUUGUCAAAAUAGUCUUCAACAAUAAAGGUGUGGUGCAGAUAAGCAUAUAACACAUUUUAUUUGAGAUGUGUCUGUGACAUCUCCUUUCAUUGAUGGAUGAAAGAUGUUGCACUGAUAUUUAUAUUGUUAGCCAAACCUAUUUGUUUCUGAGAGACCAUAAAUUUUAUUUAAUAGCAUGAAAUAAUGGGAGAUAAAUGUUAUCUUGGGAUUACAUAUUUUCUGAAUUUGAGUAAUUUUGUAUUAUACUAUAAAACAUAAUUCUUUACCAUUUUAUUUUACAAACAAUUCCCAUUAAGCAUUGGAGAAUUGAGGUUAAUAUCAUAGUUGUUUUGAUAUUAACCUUUAUUAGUAAUUGGACAGUUUUUGAAACUUAUCUGCUCAAGUCUGUAUUGGGAUUUAAAACAUUUUUAUGUUUUUCUUUUCAAAACUCCCUAUUUAAUGUGUAAUGGAUGUAUGUGGGGAAAAACUUCCAAAAAAAAAAAUAGUGUAUUUCAAUUCUGCAUUUUAACUCAAUCCUGUAUUAUUGCUUUAAGUCUUAAAGUAUCAGUCCACAAAAUAUUGGGAUAUACAUUCUGUUAGGCAAUUUUUUUCAGUGUGCACACGAGAUUAUAUUGUGAAGUUUAUUCAAACCCUUGUAAGAGUUAAUUUGAGCACACUAAAUACUUCCACCAAAUUCUGAAAUUUUGCCUCCUUUUACUACUGGAAAGUCAAGAAAUACAUUGAAGACCAAGUACUAUUAGAGUAAUUUAAGUAUACUUGUUUAAGAGUGAUUUUAGAAGAGUAUGGGGAAGAUUGGUUUUCAAAAAAAAUUAUCCUUCUUAUUAAACAUGUGGCAAAUUCCAUAUCAUGGGAAUGGGUAUGAAAACUUGCCUUGCCUAGAUCUAAUAUGGAUCAGCGUAUGAUUGGAGUGGACACUCAAGGAAUGUGCCUUGAGGCCUCUCCAGGAAUCCCUCCAAUGACAUAGUGACUGUCCCUCGCUCCUGUCUCUUACUCCUUGCCCCAUCCUCCCUUGGGGCAUACAGGCCUCUUGGGGCCUACAGACGGGAGAGUUUCUGUGACAGUUUCCUUUCUUCUCCAUCAGGCCAGGAGGCUGAGCUUAGUGUGGGCCUGUAAGAGAGGCCACAAAAGGAUGGAAGAUUAGGGGUCACAAAUGUCUUUUCAUUUUCUCUUAGAAUACCAAAGGCAAUUAAACUCAAUUACAAAGUGACUUGCCAGUUUCAUGUUUUGCUUUGUUGUGAAUCUGAAAAUUGUUUCCUUAAAGAAAGAUAUCUUCCUCCCGGCCUUUGGCUCACCAUGGCUUUCCUGCUUUCUUCUUGGACCCCCUCCAGGACUUUUCCUGUGUGGAAAUUAAUGACUCUCUGGCUAAGCAUUCUGGGAUGACAUGGGCUGCUGCUGCCGCUUUGCUGUGCGGUCUUGGAAAAAGUUACCAGACUUCUUUGGGCCUACAAUUCUUCCUCCUCAAGUGAGGUUUAUGCUAUAUGAUUUCUGAGAUUUCUCCUUACUUUAAAAUCCUCUCCUUUUAUCUUUGAUAGGAGAGAGAUUGGUAGUUUUUUUUUUUUUUUUUUUUUUUUAAUGUACCUAAACACUUUUCACUUAGUGGUUGUGAGCCUUUUUCUAGAUAUGUGCAUAACAUAUAAUGCUAUCAGUUGGGGCACAAAACAAACCAAAAAAAAUUUUCAGGAAGGAAAUCCAUUUAGUCUUGAAUCUUUGUUUUACAAUUAUUUCAUUUCAUUUUUAAAGUCUGUCUUUUGGAUUUAAGUUAAAGGAUUUUUUAAGGCCCAGUCAGUUUGAUUCCUUAAAGCUAGAGGAAUGCUACUAUUCACUGAAGAAUCAACAAAUUGAGGUUGUGAGUGCAGUUUGAGAAAACUAAGGACCAUUGCAUGAGGUGCUGUGUCCACACUAACCUGUGGUUCUGAUAUUAGGUGCUUGUCAUCUGAUUUGGGGAGCAGAUCUUUUCACAUGGAAUGAAAGCUUCUCAGAGGUUUUAAAAAAAAAAAAAAAAAAAAAACAAACACCAAAAACCUUAGAAGAUAGAUCUAAAGCAUGGAGCAUGGGUGGGGGGAAAAAGUACCUUAAGUGGACUACAGAGCCCCUGGGGACUUCACAACAGAGAAAAGAGCUUUCAUCAAUAGGUGACUUGACUCUGCAACAUUUUAUGCUACCUAGUCUCAGUAUUUUAUAUUCCAGAAGUCAUUCUCUCCAGUACUCAUUGCCAAAGUCUUUUUGAAAGUUACCCCUUUUAAAAUCUUGUGAUUGUGAUUUUUGCUGUGUCAUUUCCUCCUUAAACCUGGCUUUCUUUAAUUGUUCUGCAUAGUGAUAACAUUGAACAUUCUCUAUGUUGAAAUUAUCUCUUUUUCAAUAUUUGUGAUAAACAAACAUUCCCCAUAAUUAAUUGAGAUUUGCAAUAGUGAAACAUUUAUAAUACAUUUAAGAUACAUAAUACUAUCAUACCCUGGUAAUGAUUUUUGUGAUUUACAGGUCAUAUUGAAAGUUUUUUUUUUAUGUUAAUAAUUUCUAUUCAGAUCAUAGAAGUGAAUGAAAAAAUUCUGUCAUAGCCUUCAGUGUUAAUUACACAAUCAGUUAAUUUUUCUUUAAAAAUUUUUCUUUAAAACCAUAUUCUGAAAUAUUUUAAUUAGCCACUAAUGAUUAAUAAAUUGAUGGUUAAAAGUGGUACUAUUCCUUCCUCCUUCUCUCCCCCCCCAAUUGAGUUUUAUCAUAACUGAACUGAAUAUAUUUUAAAAAUAUUUUUAGGCCUUAGCUGGUAGCCAAAGAAGAUGCGUUUCAUUGGCCUGGUUCUGACUAAAUUCUGUUAAUAAUUAAUUCUGCAGAGCAAAAGCAUUUUUCCAGGAGUGUCCAUAUGACAGUCAUUUGUUGUAGAGAACAAAUCAGAGUCAAAUCAUUUUUUCAGAUCCCUCUCUAGAGUUAAUGCAUUAUGAAAUACCAGGCACACAUGACUUUAAACUCUAGGUAGACAGUAAGAUGCCCAUAAUAUCAUUAUGAAAGGCUUUCAUUAUAGACUCAGGAGAAAUGAAGAUGCCACUUUUGUACAAGGUGUGACUUUUGACCAUAUUCUGUGAUGAUCCAUCUUUUUCCUUUGAGCGUAGAUUUGAUUUUUAGAAAGAGCCAAAGUUUUUCAGAACCAAAUCUGGUGAAUAGAUUUGGUGAUGAAGCUGGUACUAUCUUUGGCUACAGUAAGACAAGAAAUUGUCUCAGAAGGCAUUUCUAAAAAGACAAUUUUCAAAAAGGUGUUCACCAUUAGAAUGAAUGAGAAAAUUGCCUCCUGAGGCAACUUAGUUCAACUAUCACAGCCUUUUGGAUUUGUAGGAUAAGGUAUGUUUGUUUAUAUAAUAUCAGUUAUAUUUUUUGUGGACUUAUUGAAAGGGGAAAAAAAAAUGUCUUUUCCUAGCAUUCUUUAUUGCAGUUAGAAUACCAUGUUAUUUUCCAUUUUCUUUAGAGCAAACCCCAAUUUUCUGUGCUUCUUCCCUCACAUCUCAUGGCAUCAAAUAUGCCUACAGUGAGUUCCUCUAAUCUCAGAGAGGUGGAAAUUACUCCUAUAACUUUGUCUCUUUCUCAGUGACGCUGUGAAUCAUAAAGAACUUUGCAAAGAACAAAAAGGAUUACACACAGAAAAGAUUUUAUUUUCUCCGGUUUGAUCCUAGCUUCUUUUCGAAUAAAAAUCCAGGCCGGGUAAAGAUUAAUAACUUGCCCAUUCCAUCCUGAGUAUCAUUCUAUUCUUCAUAAGGGUUCCCUUACCCAGAUCUUUUCAUUCUGUGUUCUUUGGAUUAGAAAUUUUUCUGGGUUUCUUUAAAGAGUCAUUUGACUACUUGGUCAUGUGGUUAAUACUCUUAUUUACUCUGGUAUCUUGUGGUGGGAGAGAUUUAUGAGUGAAAAUAGUGCAGAAGAAACCCAAAACUUAAUUUAAUCUAAUAGGCAAUUAUAACUGUUUGCUUAAUGCAAGGAUUAGUAAUAUAGUAUUAUUACAUAACAUAACAAUAUUAACUUAUUUCAAAUAAUACUGUAUAUUUGGAUUCCCAUAGAAGAUUGACACAAUAGGAAGUGAUCCCUGCUAUAAUUCCUUUUCUUGAGAAAUAUGAAGUGAAACAUUUUUAUCAAACCAGUCAUCAGGCUCCAAGUGGAGAUCUGGGAAGUUGAGAAAUGGUUACUAGUCCCUAUAAGUAACCAAGGACAGAUACUUUGAAUAAUGAUUCUUAUUGGAGAAGCUUCAAUAAACAUCUGUCCUCAAAACAAAACAAAAAAACUAAGUUAAAUACUACAGAGAAUGUUAGGCUCUUCAAUCUACAAUCUUAAGUCAUUUUUAGCCUUUAGGUAACUGUCUUGUACUUCCAUUUCCUUUUAUUCUUUUGAGCAUGAAAAUAAAGUUGUUUCAAAUAAAAUUUAUAAGAAAUACUUCAAUCUUUAGUUACACUCCAUUUCAGUAGUUCCCAGCCUUACCCAUUCUGGAAUGUACAAUCCUCUUCAUAAAAAUUCAGCCUAUACAUGCAAUCAGCCUGAUUGCAUAGGCAUGUGUCUGUAUGUGCGUCUGUGUGUGUGUGUACACAGAUAUGUGUGGGGUUUUUAUGCGAACUACAGUCUUGUGUUUGGCAUGGUGAAUGUGGAAAUAUUGACUACACAGAUCCUAAGCAGAGUAUUUACAGUAACCAAAAAGUGAAAGGGAGGCCUUUUGGAUAAGUACAUUUAAAGGUGAUUUUCUUUACCUCAGCUCAUUUGGAUCAGCAGGAUGGAGAUUAUUCUGCUGAACUCUAUAACAAGAGCCAGUUGACAAUUUUUGUUGAGUGUGACAUUUUUUCAUUUGACACCCAUGUUAAUUGUUGGGUCACCUAAUGUGUGUGUGUGUGUGUGUGUGUGUGUGUGUGUUUAAACAAAGGGAUAUUUGUAUGUUUUGUUUACAGUUACACUUUGUCUUGUCUUCAGAACAGAGUUCUUUAAUGUCAUGACUAGAUGUGGCUGCCAUUCAAACUGAGUGUGGGCUGGCUGCCAUCUGCCCCUUCCCCAAAGUUUUGCUUUCAUGUUCAUACAAACAGCAUCAUGUGGUCCUUCUCAAUAUGAUGUCAUUUUGAUGCCAUAUAUUUAAUUCCUUCUUGACUAAAAAAAGGCUCUCCAGGGUGUCAGAAUGGCUUUUAUUCUCUGAUCUUAUCCUUCCCCCCAGAGGAAGCUCACACUUCUGGACUUCAUACCUUGUGUUCUACUCUCAGAAUCCAAGUACAUGGGUUCCAGAAAACUCCUGAUCUCAGUAUUACAGAGAAAUAGAUACCUUGUGGAAGAAAUAAAGGAGCAAACUCAUGAAAGAGAAUGACAUCUAUUUUUAAUGUUUUCUAUUGGUCAGCAUAUUGAUUUAUUUUGUGAUCUGCAAAGGUUGAGUUGGUUCCUAUGUUUUUAGCAAUAAGGCUGACUUUAAAGAGUACAGAAAAAAUACUGUGUUUUAAAUUUACUUAGUGGCCUCUCAUUAGAUCCAUUCUUGAGAAACAUUCUCUCCACCUCCCUUCACUUCCUUCAGCUUUUGCUUUGUUGAUGCUCAUUAUUUUCCAAGAAAUGGAGUGUUUCCAAUGAGAGAUACUGCCAUCCUCACCCGUCAUAUCUUCAAUGUUUAAUAAAUCCACUUUUAACUUGAUUUGGCUUCAGUAAUUGCAACAUUCAUUACAGAAUUAAAACUUGAUCACCAUGUAGUUGAUGAACUUUUCUAUGCACAGAAUAUGUUUGAGAUAAGAUUUUUCAAUGACUUCUAGCAAAUGUCUUGCUAUUGCUACUGUCUUAAAUUCCUAAAGUAAAAGUUUGUUUUCAGAAGGAGCAGGGUGUUACUAUCCCUUUCUGUUAAUAAGCUGCUGUUUGGGAUCCUAGUGGUCUACUUCUAGUCUCAACCCUGUGGGUACUUAAACAUACACAUUUAUCUGCAAUGAAUUUGAACAGUUUCAGACUCUUCCAGUCUUGGAGCUGGGCAAGAAGCUCCACAGAAUCCAUUGCAAGUUACAUAACCCAGAACUUAAUGGUAAGAGACCAAGUGCUUAGUUUGGAAAGAACUAGUAAUCAUGGAUCUAAGUGGUCACUAUUUGGUUGAUUUUAAAAGGGAUCCUUAAUUUUCAUGACUGCUUUUGGGACUGCCCAGCCCAUCUGUAAGUGGGAUGCAAUCCCAGCUACCUGAAAUUCAUUUUCCUCAGAAAAUAUAAGUGGAAUAGUUAUUAGUUUAACACAAGGAAAAUCUUAUUACCAAUUAAAAUUGUCUGAAAUGGUAUAGGCCACUUAAUGAAUUUCACGUUCUCCAUCACUGGAGGUAUUCAAAUGGAGGACAGUUUACUAUGUCUCAAGGAUAUCAAAGAAGGGGUUCAUCCAUUAGUCAAGAGAUUAUGUUCUAUGACUUCUGAGGGCCUUUUCCAAUUCUAGGAUUCUGAUUCAAACCUAAAUGAGAUAUUCACUGGCUGCUUCAAAAUUGGGUUUCCAAUCAUGUCCUCCAUAUGUAAUUUUUACAGAUUAAAAGUAAUAUUGUAUAUAAAAGAUCAAAUAAAGAUGUUCUUUAAGUGAAAAAAAA